AUGCUUUCCCCGUUGGUUUCUUGGUUCUUGUCUCCUUCCUCCUCCUCUUCCUCUUCCGAAGAAGAACAAAACCUUGACAUUAACACUCAUGAUCACACUAAGCAUCAAAACUUCAAUACACAAGAUGAUGAUAAUGACCAAUAUCUUAGCUCAUGCGAUGUGGAUGAAACCAUUCCCGUUGCUCUUGCCGUUCCCAGUGCCACCCCUGCCGUGACGGUGGCCUUUCCGGCCGACGAUGAAAGAAGCACGGUUCCCGGCACCACCGCCACCGUCACUGCCACCACAUUUGUAACACGCUCAAAAGGGCAGUGCUCCAACAAGUAUUCGGGCAUUGUGAGACAAUAUCAGAGACUGUGGACGAAGCAGGACGAGAAGGAACUGCUAAAGGGAUACCUUGAUUACAUUAAGCAGCAUGGGAGGACAACCACCACCCUCCAGAACGACGUAGCCUCGUUGUAUGAUCACGUGAGGCCCAAACUGAACGUCGAUUUCAACAAGAAUCAGCUUGUUGAGAAGCUGCGUAGACUAAAGAGGAAGCACAAAUUGGCUUUGAACAAAGGCACGGACAAGGAAGUUCCCUUUAGGAACCCCCAGGAACAGGCCAUUUUCGAAAUUUCAAACAAGAUUUGGGGCAAUGACACUGAUAACCUAUUAGACCAAGAGUAUUUGGAAGGUGAUGCGUCGGGACGCACUCCUGAAAGUCGUUACCUUGGGGGCAUCGUUAAGGUGAAGGUUGAUCAACUUGACAACAGUGAUGAAAUAGACGAGAGAGUGCCAAAGCGGUUGCGGCUAGAUGAUGCAGAAGAUGUUAACAGAACAAAUGAACAUAACAAUAGUGGCAGCCUGCAGGUCUUCAUUGAGGAGACCAUGAGGUCCUGUUUCUCCCCAUUGCUGAAAGAAAUGUUGGAUGAAGUAAACCAAGAGCCACCUCCUGGGUUGGUUCCAAUCCCAUUGCCGCUAUAUCCUGAGGAAGUAGACCAUGAGCAAUGGAGAAAACGAGGGAUUUUAGAGCUGGAGGUGUAUUUGAAGAGGUUGGAGUUGUUGCAGGAUCAGAUCAAGGCUAGAUUGGAGGAAUUGCGAUCUAGACGGGAGGUGUAUGAUAAAACUUCCCCAGGAUGUGCAGAAACAGCUUGUGCUUUAUCCAACACCAACAACUUCAACGAAUAG